AUGGCGUGCCACAGCCAAGCCAAUUCCGGGUGCUACAAUGUGCGACGGAGUCCUGCAUCCGGCUCGCAAGCGCUGGGCAUCGCACAUGCUGCAGCCACUGUGGUCGUCAGGGCAGACAUCGGCACCCACAUUCUCGGCGAUGUGACUGGCAAUGGCAGCAAUACGGACAUGGCUUUCCCGGACGCGGCUCCAGUGGAGGGGAAUAUUGCGGACAGCCAAUCGGUGCAGCACACAGCGGGCGCCAGCUCAUGUUCCAUCACCGCCACCGUUGACGGUGGACCUGGGGAGGCGGUCACCAUGGAGGUGACG